AUGAGAUUAUCAUUAAGCCACCGGGUUUAUAAUUUUCUUUGGAUUUAUUUUAUUUUAGGAAUAAGUGUGGUUGCUGAAUAUCGUUCUUAUAAUGGUGUCGGUAACAAUGUUGCAAACUCUUUAGCUGGAUCCUCUGGAACGCCAUACUUUAUUAAUGAACCAAUUACUCAACGAUUCGAUAAUUCUACCAUUGGAAGCAUGCUACAAUGUCCUGGAAAUUAUAUUAAUAUAUCAGCUAUAAAUUGCACAAACCCAUUGCAAAUUGGCCAAUUCCCUCUUCCAAGAUGCAUUAGUAACUUAGCUAACAGUCUUCACAAAUCAUAUGUUGAUUACAAUAAUAUAUCAUAUAUUGAUUCUUUGAAAUCGAAAAGAAAGUCGUCACACUUGAUGACUUUCUGGAUUGAUUUUUUAGCAUUUGAUAUUGUCAAAAGCAUUGAAACUGGUGAAAAUUAUAAUAAUGGUAUUCUAAUUCCUAAUGAUGAUAAACUUUAUCUCUCAUAUGGUGUUGAGAACGCUACUUCGCCCCCAACGCCAGCAUUACAAUUUAAUCGAACGUAUUCCGUGAGCCGCGGAACGGUAAAUGAAGCAACAUCCUUUCUUGAUGGCUCUAGUAUAUAUGGUUUAAAUGAGACAAAUUUGAACUUAACAUUAAGAGACCAUGUAGAUCUAUGUAAAAUGCGUAUGAAUUAUACGGUAGAUACUGCAGAUGGCAAAUUUGGAUAUCUUCCACGAGGAGAAAAUGGUCAAUAUUUAAUUGGACAUUUACCUAAGCGUGGUGGUCACGUUUUUACGAAUGUGUUUCAUGUAAUUUUUAUUCGUGAACAUAACCGUAAAUGUGAUGAAUUACGCAAAUUAUACGGUAAUUCUUUAACCGACGAAGAAUAUUUUCAAGAAGCCAGGAAAUGGGUUAUAGCACUUUUGCAAGUGGUACAAUAUAGAGAAUAUCUGCCAAUUAUAAUGGGAACAACAUUACCAACAUAUACAGCAUAUAAUUCAACACUUACGCCUGGAUUAGAUUACUUUUUUGUAGCUUCUACUUUUAGAUAUGGACAUUCUGAAGCUAGUGAUAGCUAUCAGAUCGUGAAUCAAAAUGGUGAACCUGAGUCUACCCUGAUGCUAAGAGAUUUACAGUUGCCUGACCUCAUAGAAAUUUAUGGUGUGCCGACGGCUGUUCUAUCUCUGUCAUUACAAAGACAAGAAGAGUUGGAUAUUUUAUAUUCGGAUUUUAUGCGAGCACAAAUUGUCGAGGGAAAUUUUACUGAUAUUGCAAGUAUCGACCAUCUCCGUUCACGUGACCAUGGCAUGCCAAUGUAUAACGAUGUUAGGACGGCAUUAGGUUUAACGAGAGCGAAUACUUGGUCUGACAUUACAAAGGAUGUUUUUGUCCAAAAACGCCUGCAAUCUUUAUACACAAGCAUUGAUCUAGUGGAAGCAUAUGUUGGAGGUCUUGCAGAAGAUCAUCUUCAAGGAUCAAAUUUUGGGCAACUAUUUCAAACAAGCAUGAUACAACAGUGGUCUUUGAUACGUGAUUCGGAUCGAUUCUGGUAUGAAUCUCCAGAUGCCGGUUUUACUAGUGCUGAAAUUGAUAUCCUUCACAAUACCACUCUCAGCGAUAUCGUUCUCCGAAAUACACCAGUUGGUACUUCCCUUCCUCAAAACCUUUGGUUUGUUCAACCAAGACCUGAUUUAAAUAUCAAUAAUAUUACUGGUGAUCAAAAUGAUAGUUAUCCUCCUCUGAAUGUGUUAACAUUAUCUAACGUGUAUAAAAUUCAAUGGAAGAUGAUUAGUGAAGACAUUUACUUAAAAAUGACAAUGUUAAGUGAUACUGCUUGGUUCGGAUUCGGCUUUAACUCGUUAGAUGGUGGAAUGAUUGGUACCGAUUUUUUAAUUGUUAGCACCAUUAACUCCUCCAAUGUAAGUGCUGGUAAUUAUCAUUCUGAUGGAUAUCGUCCUCCGAUAAAAGAUGAUUAUCAAUUUGUGGAAGUGAUCAGUUGCAACGUUUCGAAAGAACUUACCCAAGUUGAAAUUAAAAGACCAUUAAAUGCCCCUGGCAAAUUGCCAAUAUCAAAUAAGAUGACAAACGUGAUUUAUGCUUGGAAUCCGUCUUCAAAUUAUCUAAGUUAUCAUGGCGGAAACAGAAAUAAAGCUUUAGUUAAUUUCUUUAGCGGUGGGGCUGCCAGUUCAUCUGGUAUUGGGGAUAGCAUGUUUUUGACAAGGUUGGCCCACGGUAUUUCAAUGGCUUUAACUUGGAGCGUUUUAUUUCCAGCCAGCAUCUUUAUUGUUAGAUAUAUGAAACAUAAUGAUAAUCAUAUGAAACAGCAUCGAAAUAUUCAGAUUUUUGGUAGUGUUAGCGUUUUCACUUUUGGUUCUGCAGCUAUGGCAAUUUCACAAGAUCAACAGCGAACCUUGCAUGGAGUUCUUGGAAUUACAUUAUAUACCGGUGUUUUUUUGCAAAUCACUUUUGGUGCACUCACCAUUUGGGGGCUUGCCUCUGUGGAAUCAGCAAAUCAUGGCAUAUUUUCAUAUAUAAAAACUUUUCAUCUCAUCGUAGGAACAGGAUUAAUGAUACUUGCUGCAGUUAAUAUUUAUCUUGGAAUUGGGCAGCUUAACGUGAGCCCGAUAUUCACCUACAUUUAUUUUACAUGGCUAGGUAUAUUGGUUCUAUUAUAUAUUUGUACCGAAUGUUGGUACAAAUAUAAUAGUAACAAUAAACUUUUUAAGAUUAUAAAUGAUCCCGAAGUAAACAAUAAACGUGGAAGACUUCGUAAUGAAAUUCCAAAUGAGGUUUAUGAAAAUCUUCCAACAUUCACAUGGAAAAUGAUCAACGAGAGAAUAAUUGGUGGCGCUUUACUUGUUGUCGCAGAAAAUCUCGUAUUUGAUAUCCGCAAAUGGAUAUACACGCAUCCCGGUGGUGUCAAAAUAUUACAACGAGUUAUUGGAACUGAUAUAUCUGGUGUUUUUUUCAACGAUAAAAAUCUGGAAAUUAAAACCGACGAAUUUAAGAAUAAGGAUUCAGUUCAUACGGUUGAUCUUUAUGAAGAGGGUGAAGAUCAAAAUAAAAAAGUGUCAAGACGAAAAUCUUCAAUAAAACGGAGACAUACAAUAGCUGAUACAAUGGAUCGUAUAAAUGUUACCCUAGUAAAGGAUUUACGGAUUGUUAUGCAUAGUCAUUCCAAGUUUGCAACCGCAAAAUUAGCUUCAAUGGUUAUAGGGAAAUUAGAAAAAACCGAAUUUAAUGAGUUUAAAAAGGACUCUACUAGUGAGAACAUUAUCUCUUCAUCCGCAAUGUUACCUAGAGAAACAGAAAGCUUCAAAAGAUAUGUAUUGGUCAAUAAAGAUAAUGUCACUGGAAUUUACGCGGAAAGACCUGUCAAAAAAUUCAUCUUUCAGGUCAUUGAUCCUAAUGACAGUGUACCAAAAAUCACGCCUGGAGAUUACAUAGAAAUAAUGUGUCAUAUAGAAGGCCAAGUUGUUAUACGAUGUUAUAAUUUAUUCAAAUUAAAAUCCCCAAAGUGUUUCUCCAUUAUAGUAAAGAUCUAUAAGGAUGGUCUUAUGUCCACGUAUUUGGAUAAAUUAUUAGAUGGAUUUGAAAUAAAAGUACGUGGUCCUUUUGGAAUUGAUAGACGGGUGGAUGAGCUUAUUCCUCGACCACUACCAAAUUCCAAUCCAUUACUAAAUCCCGAUUCUGUUGAUGGUUGCUGGGAUACGCUAUUUAUGCUCUGCGGCGGAAGUGGACUUUCACCAAUGUUACAAUUAAUUGAUUAUCAUUUUGAACAUGAAGACAGAGAUUUUAAAUUAUAUUUACUUUUUGCAAAUGAAAAACUACAUGACAUAAUUCUUAAAAGAUAUUUAGACAAAUUGGAAAUUGCUAGUAAUGGAAAACUGAAAGUAACACAUAUUUUAAAAUCUCCACCAAAAAAAUGGGAUGGAUUAAUUGAUCAUGUAGAUGAGGAUAUUAUUUUUGAUUGGAUCUCUAAAAAUUAUACACCAAAACCACCAAACCCACCAAAACCCAGUGAAAAUAUAUAUUUCGAUAUCAAUUAUCAAAAUUUUACUACUGAAAGUCCAAGAGAGUCCAUUGAAGUUGAAAGAUCAAGUCAAGCUGAUAACAGGACUGAAUACAUGAGUGCUCUUGCUAGAGAUAAGUCGGGUUUUAAAUUUGUAUCAUGUGGACCCUUGGCAAUGCUUAAUGUUGUUAAUGAAAUCCUAGAGAAUAUGAAAUUUCCAGAAGAAAAAUUCAUCAUCAUUCGAUAA